CUGCUAGUUUAACAAUUCACAUACCAUUUAAAAUGGAUUCAGUUUUUAUAUAGCUCUACGACUUUGUCAGAAUAAAUUGAAAAUGCUUCCUUUCACUGCGGACAUGAUCCUCUCCAAAUUCUUUGUUUGCUUAUUGAUAAUAAGUGUCUCCGUAAGCGAAAACAGCAUAAACAAGGAUACAAUAGAGGGUAUAUCCGCCGAUGGUUGCUAUCUCGAUCCGUUAAUGAAACCGGCAGACUGCAAAGACCAUACUGAUAAAACAAUUAAAGUUGAGUCAGCGUUUGAGGUACUUCAUAAUACAACAUGUACCCUGGACCAUGGAAACGACAAUAUGAUCAAUGUAGUUUGUCUGGACGGAGUUCUGAUUAUUUCAUCAGAUAAGGGAAAAGAUUUGAUGAGAAUAAAGCGCGACGUUUCUACAAAAUCGCCUUUACCUACCCAUUCGCUUUUUGAUAUAGCAAAUUCACAGGCGGUCAGCGGUAUGGGAGGUUUUACAGCAACUGGAGCCAUGAUUGGCUCAGCAUUCGGACCUAUAGGUUUAGCUGUUGGCGCUGGUAUAGGUGUAGUUUCAGAUAUCGUUUGUUCUAUUUUCUGUCAUCACGACGACCCACCUCCACCUAACAAGCCGCCUACAAUAAACAAACCAGCUGCAUUGACGGUGACUUCUCCUAUACUAGCAGAAGAAGGGAAAACAACAGCGAAAGUCACAUGGGAUCCACCAUCGAUGACGGACCCGGAAGAUGGUGUUAUCAAUGUUGUUGCGUCUCCAUCAAACUUUCAAAACGGCGGAGACUAUUCAGAAGGAACGUACGUUGUGUAUUUUGUUGGAACUGAUAGCGGUGGUCUUUCUGCAACUGCAUAUCUUUCUUUCCAAGUCAAAUUGGACAGGUGUGGAUUCCCGAGAUGGCCAGAAAAUGGCUAUAUUGACUGUGAUGGCAGUGAUAUAAUCUAUGGGACAAAAUGUAAAAUAAGAUGUAAAUCCGGCUAUACCUUAGAUGAAGGAGACAAUCCUUCCCUUAAGUGUGUCAAAAACGGUGCAUGGAUGCCACCAAACUCCCCAAACUGCAAACCACGCUCGUGUGCCAAGGUGCCAACAAUAUUACACGGUGAGGUACAAUGUCUAAACGGUGAAUAUGUGUAUGGUAAUUUAUGUGAGAUUGUGUGCGACGACGGUUACCAAGUGCAUGGGAUGCACAUUGUAGGUUGUGACACAAAUGGGACUUGGGGAACAAUGCCAGUUUGUAAAGAUGUUCUUCCGCCAAGGUUCCUGACAGGCGAAUGUCCCGAUGACAUGCAGGUUUAUAUUGACUCAACUAAUAACACUGCAAAGGUUACCUGGGACGAACCACAAGGUGAAGAUAACUCUAAGGAGCCUGUAACGAUCACGGAAAUUCACGGCCACAAGCCAGGAGAACGGUUGACGGCUGGUUCCCAUACGAUUAAAUAUACAAUAAAAGAUAAACAACAAAACAGGGGAGACAGUUGUGUGUUUAAUGUUCAAGUUUUGACAUUAAGCUGUUCUCCUCCUAACCUCCGCGUGACAGGCGGGGAUCAUCUGAAAUAUGAUUGUCCAAGUUACAACAUUGGUGCCGAAUGUACAAUGGCAUGCAUGUCGGGAUAUCCGAUGGGAGGAGUCACUAAAAUCCAAUGCUCAGCUGACAACAAAAGUAACCCUCCGAACUUAGACUGGAAAUGGCAAGAUGGCGGACUAGCGCCAUUUUGUAAAGAAACGAACUGUUCUAGAGAUGCACUAAAUGAACCUGUUAAUGGCGCCUUGGCAUGCGGCAAGUGGACUCAUGGUCAAAUGUGUCAGAUGCAAUGUGGCGCCGGAUAUGAUAUUCCGAAUAUUGGGGAUGGUAUGUUUGUGUGUGGUCGGUCUGACGGUAAAUGGAGGCCCUCUGGUAAAGUGCCGGACUGUGAUACCAAGCUUGAUGUGCACAACAUGAAUCUUCCUAACGAAUUUUACUACUUUACUGGAAAGUGCAAUAGUUCAACCCAGAAUUUGAAUCAAAUUAAGGAAAACUUUGUGCAAGCCCUAAACAGUUCUAAGUAUCGGGAAGAAUGCGUUGGUAUCCCAGCAUGCCAAUCGAAGUUUGUGGACGUGACCUGUGGUCCAGUGUCAUCCCGUCGUAAACGUGAUUCCAAUUCCCAUGUGUACCGGCGGUCAGUAUCGAAACUUGCCUACACAUUGCGAUUUGAAUUCAUUUUACCGUACAAACCGGUGACAGGAAAAUCUGCUGAUGACAUAAUUGCAGAAAACGAAGACCGGUUAUACAAAAUGUCAGAUGUUAUACAAAAAGAAGUUGAUUCCGGACAUUUUGACCUUCACGUUGGUGACCUCCAUGUAGGGAAUGAUUCAUAUGGACCUGGAGUUCCUUCAAUGGUGUGUCCCUCUGGCACUAUUCCAAGAAAGGAAUCUGCAUCCUGUGUUGGUUGUCCAAAAGGCAGUUUUGCUAAGAAGAAUGGUAGAUGUGAAAAGUGCCCUAUAGGAACAUACCAAAACUUGACGAACUCUUUGAAAUGUGAAGCAUGCCCAUCAAACACAAAUACAACAGAAGUUGGUGCCGAGAACAUCUCCCAGUGUCUGAGAUACUGCGACGCCGGCGAAUACUCACCAAACACUCUUGCUCCUUGCACAAAAUGCUCUUGCAAUUCAUUCCAAUCAAAUCCAAAGUCUGUUAACUGCACCAAAUGUGCUAGUAAUAUGAGAAGUUCGUCAGAUGGAGCCACAUCUGCAACACAAUGUCAAGAAUAUGAUUUACAGUUGAGUAAAGACAAAACCAAACUUGAAAACAAGUUAACAUACGACGUACUGACCAUGUUUAUGUGGGUUUAUGUCACCAAUAACAAGACAAAUUCUGCUGUUGAAUUUGAAAAUUCUGGCAGUAGACAGAGCUUUGUUUUUAGAUUUACACCAACAGUUUCCUUGGGGCAAUCUCAUGAUGUUGUCAGUAUUGGUCAGACAUUACCGACAUCAACUUGGACAAGCGUUGCUUUUAGUGUUGACAAGCCAUCAAGUGAGGUCAAAGUGUACAUUAAUGGGAAGCUCUCCUAUACAAACACUUCCUUCGCUGUUCCGAAGUCUCACAUUCUUGAGAGAAACGAUUUGAUUGGAUUUGAUGGUGAUAUCAAGAUUUCCGCAUUUAGUGUCAUUCCAAGGAAAGCAACACCUUCUGAUGUCUCAACUUGGUCUGCUUCAUGCACACCGUCCAUAUCUGGAACAAUAUAUGCAAUGGACGAUCUGGUGGAGGCAGAAAAUAUUAAAGUCGUUAUCCCAUCAGUUUGCGAUGCUAUCAAUGAAUGCACGAGCUCUCCAUGCGGCAGUCAUAAAUGUAUCAAUAAACGUGGCGGUUAUGAAUGCCUAUGCUCUGGUGGAUUUAGUGGCAAACAGUGUCAACUUGCUCCGGAUUAUUGCAAGAAUAAUAACUGUAAGAAUGGGGCAACGUGUAUCAAUGGAACAGGAAAUUACACGUGUAAAUGUCUCUAUGGUUACCGAGGUGAUAUGUGCGAAAUUAAAGCAGUUGAUGGCGAAUGGUCUGCUUGGACAAACUGGACAAGCUGCUCAAAGUUAUGCGGUGGUGGUAUAGCAACAAGAACAAGAAGGUGUGAUAGUCCUUCCCCAGAUCCCGAGGGUAAACAAUGUCAGGGAAAUAGUAGCGAGGAUACAGCAUGCAACAAAGAAAAGUGUCCAGAAUGCACGAGAUUACGAAGGACAUACGGGUUGAUAAUUACUUGCAACAAAACAGCGGAACUUCAACGCUGUUCUAUUAACUGCAGAGCAGGGUUAUAUUUCACAAAUGCGCCAUUACCAUAUUAUGAGUGCGGCCUUGCAACUGGCUAUAAAUGGAAUCAUCAAAAUGAGAAAAAUCCUUCAGGAAGACUGCCAUCAUGCACGGAGCUUGAGCCACCAGUAGAGAUGGGUGUGAAUUUUGAAGGCAAAUACGACUCUGUCCCAUGCACAGAGAGUAAUAAGAAAACAGUUAAAGACUCUUUAGAAAUUAAAUUGUCAACUCUUGACUGUAAGAAGGCAGGCACGUGUGAAACUUCGAUACAAGAACCGGUGUGUACCAGCUCGAAGAAGAAAAGAUCUACUGGAAGCUCAAUGACGGUGACUGUUGGAUUACAUGCAGCAGUCAAUAGUAAAGGAAGCACUUUCAAUAUUGCAGGACUGUUGCAAAAUAACACGGCGCCAUCAAAAGAGUUGGCGGACUUUGUUAAACAGACACUCGAACUGGAAAAGUCAGCACAAACAUUGAUGAACAAUUCCGUCGACUACUUCCAAGUGACUGUUGAUGGAACGAAACAUUCCCUUGCGACAGGUUCCUCUCCGCUCUCAUACAAACCAGACAUCCGUUGUCCUAGUGGAACUAUACGCAUCGAAGUAUUUUGUGCUGUUUGUCCGGCGGGAUCAUAUUCUGAUGGUCGGAUUGUUACAAUGUGUCCUCGUGGUCAAUACCAAGAUGCUAAAGGACAGUCAGCUUGUAAACCGUGUCCAUCCGGUAAAACAACGGCAGGAAUAGGUUCCAUCCUCAUUUCAGAAUGUUCAGUUGAUGAUAAAACUAACAUUGGACAGUCGGCCAAUCAGGGCGGUGCAAGCAAGACUGUUCAGAUAGUAGUGGGUGUAUCUGUGUCUAUGGCUUUGCUAAUCCUAGCUGCAGUCGGUGUUCUGUUGGCAUGUAAACAUCUAAAUAAAAAAAAAAACACUGUUAACGACAGCAGCGUAGAUUUACACACACCAGGGUAUUUCCACAUGCCUAGCAAUCCUAUGUACGAGAAACAGACGCUGUAGACUACGGGUAUUUCCACAUGCCCAGCAAACCUAUGUACGAGAAACAGCCACUGUAGAGUACUACCAGAUACCGACGUUAAAUUAGACUGUGAUAUUUACAUUUUUUAACAUACAGUGAUAUUUUCAUUUGUUUGCGAUUGUUUUUAAGUAAUGCUUUGUUUCGAUUUGUUAUUAUCAUCUUGCUAUAUAUUCAUAUUGAACAAAAAUAUAAAUUUUAUGGUACAUUUGCAAUGGGCUCAAGUUUCGACUAUUUUCCUGUCAAUUUAUCCGUCCGUAUAAUUUUGUUUUAGGUCUAUUAUUGCUAUGUCAAGUAAUAUUAGUAAUCAUACUUUAAAAAAAUCUAAAUAUAAAUGGAAUGAAUCAUUGAAUAGAAUCUAUGAAAUCAUAAAAAUAUAUUGUGUACCCUAGUCUGCUGUCUAACGUUUUUUGUGACGCCAGUUUCUGCAAUUUUCAUCUUUGACGUUGUUUAUAUAACACAGCUACGAAACAUUUCAUAAUAUUCAUUUCUAUUUAAUAGUAUCGUAUAAUGUUAACAAUUAUUUGUAACUUGGAAACAUGUGUUUUCAUAGCGUAGAAACUCGUAAACAACAUCUUUUUAAGUUUUUAGUUUUAUUCUAUAGCAAUUUAAAAUAAGCAAGAGUAUUGUUGUUGUUUUUUUUGUUGUUGUUUUUUGUCCAUUUUUAAAUAUUUCCCACGCAUCGAACUUGAUUUGUAAGAAUAUGGAAGUUGUAAAAAGAAAUAUCUGGAAGGUAUCAACUUCUUUGAUUUUUUAAUUAUUUAUUGUAGUUUUGUUUUAUCUUAAUAAAUGUAUUCAAAUUA